AUUGUGUCACCAGGAAACUCGCUUGGAUAUCUAGGUGGUGGGUUGGAUAAACAUAUUGGUGAGAUAUUCAGUCCGAACAAAAACCAUAAGGAUGUAGAGAGAUUCAUCUUGGAUGGAUUGAACAAUGGUUAUAGACCACCUGGAACAGUUAAAAUCAUCACAAUCCCUAAUGAGAAAUUGAGACGGUCUUUGGCUUUUGAAAAAUUGCAGGCAAACAGCAUAAUUCACGCUCCAACUAUGAGAAGCCCUAUCAAUCUGGUAAAGGAUCUCGGUGAAUCACAUGCCUACAGGUUGAUUUUUGAUAUUACAUGGCAAAUACUUACAGAAGUUGAUGCAUUUAACAAAAAUUUGCACAUUAAAGGGGGUGACAGAAUAGAAACUAUAGUUCUACCUGGAUUGGGGACAGGAUAUGGUAAAAUACCCUAUGAAAUGGCAUCAAAAUCAAUGUUGGCAGCCGUU